AUGACGACGAUCGUGACGAGCAGCGAAUCGAGCGAGGUGGUGUCCUCGGUGGACGUGACGACCCUGUUGAACGGCAUCUCGACCGAGGAGGGGCAGUUCGGGAACGCGAGCUACUCGGGCGAGCAAAAGUUGUCGGUGGCCGUGACGAUCGCGAAAGGUUGCCUGAUGGGCUCCAUCAUAGUGACCGCGGUGUUCGGUAAUCUGUUGGUGAUGGUGUCGGUGAUGCGGCACAGGAAGCUGCGGAUCAUCACCAAUUAUUUCGUGGUCUCUUUGGCGUUGGCCGACAUGUUGGUCGCGAUGUUCGCGAUGACGUUCAACGCGAGCGUGCAGUUGACCGGCAAAUGGCUGUUCGGUUAUUUCAUGUGCGACGUGUGGAACUCCCUGGACGUGUACUUCAGCACCAGCUCCAUCCUCCAUCUGAUGUGCAUCUCGGUGGAUCGUUACUGGGCGAUCGUGAAACCGCUCAAAUAUCCUAUUAUCAUGACCAGGAGGCUGGCCGCCUAUAUGCUGCUCGCCUGUUGGAUAUUGCCCGCGUUCAUCUCGUUCAUGCCCAUUUUCAUGGGAUGGUACACCACGCCUGAGAACAGUAUGCGAAGGCAGAAUCAUCCCGAUUUGUGCGAGUUUAAGGUGAACAAGAUUUACGUGAUAUUCUCGUCGAGCAUCUCGUUCUGGAUACCGUGCACCAUCAUGACGCUCACGUACUUCGCCGUGUUUAAAGAGGCGAACAGGCAGGAGAAGCAAAUGCACAGCAGGAUGGGGAACGUGAUGCUGUUGAGCCACAGGCCGAGCAAGGAUUUGAAUAAUUUGAACGGGGAGCUGAACAGCGCGGGCUCCUCCAAGACGUUGACGUUGAACGAGAUCAGUACCAAUCAUCUGCACACGCCUACCAAGGACAAGAAUAUCAUGAAGAUGAAGAGAGAGCACAAGGCUGCUAGGACGUUAGGCAUCAUCAUGGGUACCUUCAUACUCUGCUGGUUGCCCUUCUUCUUGUGGUACGUUAUCACAACGUUAUGCGGAGAAUCCUGUCCGUGUCCCGACAUCGUGAUCGCCCUGCUUUUCUGGAUCGGGUACACGAAUUCGGCGCUGAACCCGUUGAUCUACGCGUACUUCAACCGCGACUUCCGAGAAGCUUUCAAGAAUACUCUGCAGUGCGCGUUCUGCUCGCUCUGCAGACGAGAGCCGUCCGAUCUCGAGGCGCUCGAUUUCCGUCGGCCGUCCCUAAGGUACGAUCUGGUCUGACACGUUGAGGUACGACGAUCGCACUAAGAGCAUAUAUUCGGAGACGUACAUCAAACACAUCGACCGACGAAGAUCGAGCGAGUACGGUAGCAGCCUCUGAAAGAAGAGCAAUUUUCUACCACCAACUUCACUCGCGAUGCAAACAAAAAGAGAAAAAGACACGCAUAAACACCUACACACCCACCUAAUAAUUAUACAUCCGUAUCGUCGCCUACACACAUGUAUACACACACAUAGAAAACAAGUAAAACGACGCGUCAAUCGUCGAUUAAUAUACGUAACGUGUUAGCCUCGAGAGAUUCUGCGCCAUUUUGCCAAAAACUCGCGGAACACGAAUCUUGCCAAGUAAAUUGCUCGCGUUUUUAUCCAUCUGCGUCGCGUGUUUACGGUUUCCGGUAAAAAAUCCGGAUCCUUGCUCCGUCAAAGCGAUUCGAAGAAAUCGUAAAUCAGUAAAAAGGGGAAAAAGAAAAAAGAAAAAAAGAUUUUCGGCGUUAAACCCGAAAUAUUUCACGAAAUAUUCAAAGAUAGAUUUUUUUAGUGAAAAUGUCGUCUGAGAUUAAUUAAGGACCACGCGAAAUAACAUAUAAUCACGCUAUAUAUUCGCGUUCGAUCAAUCGCGAAAGCAAUCAAGCUUAAUGAUUAAAUUCAAUAA